AUGCACGCCUCCAGUAAAUUACACUCAAGCUCAAGAUCACGCAUUAAACACUCAAAUUUAAAAACACUCCGCCCCUUUUGCCUUCGUAGAAGUAGUUACACCGAGUCCACGAAACUGCCAGCAGCAUCAAAUACCACGUUAAGAAGUUUUCUAUUUUUGAUUGAUGCAGUUGCUCCGACCCAAACCUUAUUCCGACAAAAGAAUCGGACUGUAAAUUAUUUUUGUGAACAAAUAAACAUCUCAUAUACUAAGAUGAAGAUGCGAUUUUUCAAAAUCAAUUUGAGUUUAUCUUGUUUACGCUACUGGUGGAUUGUUACUGUGUUCCUCGGUUGCUGUUCCCUUAUCGGAAGGUUUCUACCGCUCAACCGCACUGCAGUUUCAAUUGGGGAUGUAAUAACUCAUUCCGCUAGUCCGCCAAUCCAGCAGCAUCGAAUUCUCUGCUGGAUUCCCAUAUCUGCUAAAAGUAAGUUUCGAGCCCAGCUGAUUCAGAAGACUUGGGGCAAACAAUGCGACGUGUUGCUCUUUCUAAGUUCACAAGCAGAUGCUUCAAUUCCAGCGAUUGGUCUGCCAGUCGAAGAUGCCUACAGCACUUUGUGGGGAAAGACAUCCGAAGGGUUGAAAUAUAUUUACGAGAACCACUUAAACGAGGCCGAUUGGUUUAUUAAAGCUGAUGAUGACACGUAUAUAAUAGACUCUCACCUCUCAAUGACACUAUAUAGCUAUUCAGCUGUCACAUUUGAUUCUAUUAGAUUUAUUCUUUUUUUUUUCAGGUAUGUUGUCGUGGAUAAUUUGAGGCAGUUCCUUAUGUCUCAUGACAUUUCCUUGCCGCAUUUUCUCGGUUCGCGAUUCGCCCACAAUCGACUCCUCAAAGGAUAUUUUGGAGGCGGAGCCGGUUACGUAAUGACUAGAGAGACCAUACGGAUAUUCGUCGAACACGUUUAUAAUAACGGGUUCGAUAUGUGCAUCAGCGGCCACAAUGGAGAAGAAGAUUCUUAUCUCGCUAUGUGCCUCGAGGUAUUCGACGUCAUUUUUGGUGACACCCGAGAUUGCAACGGCGCCGAAAGAUUUCUUCAGUUGAGUCUUCACAACCUCUACCGCCCUUUUGAUUAUCAGGCAACCCUUCGCGCCUUCUUCCCAUCGAAAUUGGGAAUCGAUUGUUGCUCGAACCAAACAAUUUCCUUCCAUCCAGUUAAGGACGAGCAACUUUUAGAAUAUGAUUACCUCGUCAGGUAUAAUCAACUCAUCAAUUGAAUACGACGUUCAAAAUAAUCUUGAUUUAUUUCCGUUGAAUUCA